AUGAAGAAAGCUAAAGGUACAGAUGUGCUUGUGGUGUCACUCUAUGUUGAUGAUCAUCUGCUCAUCAGAAGUAAUGAUGCUAUGGUGAAUCAGUUCAAGAGAAAAAUAGAGGUCAAGUUUGAGAUGUCAGAUUUGGGUGAAAUGAAUUACUUUAUGGGAAUGCAGAUUCAACAAUAUACUUAUGGAAUCUUCAUUUCUAAAAAAAAAUAUGCAUGGGAUAUUCUUAAGAAGUUUAAGAUGAAGAGGUGUAAGCUUUUGUUAACCCCACUAAUUCACAAUGAAAGGAUCUCUAAGUCCGAACGAGGUGAUAGGGCUGAUCCAAGAGUUUACGAAAGUCUAAGUGGUAGUUUGCUACAUUUUACUGCACAAGACGUGAUCUUAUGUUUGCAGAAAGACCAAGGGCAUUUGAUCGGUUAUACAAAUAGUGAUUGGGCAGAAUGUGUUGAUGAUAUGAAAAACACUUCUGGGUAUACUUUCACACUUGGUUCAGGCAUGUUCUCAUGGAAUUCAAAGAAGAAAGAGGUUUUAUCUUAA